GAAACUCAUCACCGGUUAAUGAGUGUGUGCACCUGCAGCUUCAGUUUUAGAACUGCCACUUCUCAAAAAAGUCUCUAUUGCUGAAAUUUACAACGCGCUUACACUCACGCAGAGUCAUUCAAGCCUCUUCAAAUAACAGAACAUCAGGACCAAAUAGAACCAUGAUGAUUCCCAGAACAAUUUGUUUUGUGUAUUUCGCAUUGCUCUUCAGAAUGCCACACGCUAAUCACACAGAAGUCACCAAAACCAGUCUACCAGCAAAUAACCAGUCUCUGAUAAAUAAAACAACUGGCUGCAUGAUACCAUCCAACAAUAAAGGAGAAACUUCUAAUCCUGUGAAAGGACACUGUUUUUUCUGUUUUCCAACUGGUACAAAUAUCCUGCUACUGAUUGCGGCUGGUCUUACAGUGGGCUGCUUGGCAUUUUUGCUGACCACACUGCUAUGCGCCUGUCAGGUUUGUCAGCUGAGACAAAUUAUCUCUAGUCUACAGCCUCGUUACGACAACACUGACCGACAUGCCAGAAGAGAGAAGAGUGAAUCGCCAUGCUGGGAGGAUGAAGGCCAAGUGGACAGGCACCCAACUGAGACCUGCUUCAUGCUAUCAGAGAUCGUCACAGCACAGGAGGAGAGUAGAGAGGAUCAGGAGAACAAGACUGAGGAGGAGAAAGAGUCACAGCAGCCCAGCACUGUGGACCUAAAUGGAGACAUGGCCCAAGAGAGUCCGGAGCCUGAUGCAAAAGCACCAGAGAACUCUGAUACAGGGGUGUGAUCACGAUCUGGUGUCACACAACUCCCCCUGGUGGCAUCUCAAGUCCGCAACUGCUUAUGCUUUAACUGCUGAUGCAUAAGACACAAGAAGGCCUGAAAUAUUAAAGUAUAAAAUUAUGUUAAAAAUCGCUCUGAAAAUACUGCAAUUAAGCCUGUGUUACUCACAACAUUGUCUCUCCUAAUUUUAUGCUAGAACAAUAUUGUAUCAGCAUGUUUCAAAUGUGUGCAUUUAAGUUGUCUGUGAUUUGAAUAAUAUAUGUAUAUUUUGUUCACAUCUUUAAACAUCCUUAAAUUAGAUAUAUUUAAUUGACAAACCAAAAUAUGUAUAAUAAAAUGAUUUUAUGGGAAUAUAACCAUUAUUUAUUUUUAUGUAUGCUUAAAACAAACAAACAAAAAAGCUGCCAAUAUGGUAAGAUUACCUAAAAUUACCUAAAUGAAACAUUUUCUGCAAAACAAUUUUAAU